GUUAAUGUCAACUAUUAUUUCGACACUGUUGUAUUACUUUGUAAUAAAUAAGUUAUUCAUAGUUCCGUUGGAGUAGAUUUAAGGAUGUGGUUCGAGAUCAUUCCAGCUUUUAGUAUAAUAGCAGUUGCUAUGGCUGCUCCUCACGGCAUAGCAUAUGUGUUGAACCAUUUAGUGGUUGGUAACUGCUUCAGAAGGCUUCUAGAGACGAGAGAUCAGCGUUUGCAGUACCUGAGGGAUAAAAGAUUGACGGGUGAUCCGUAUAAAGUGGCUGGUUUGGAAAACAUUCUUGACGUUCCUGACGAAGACGAAUGCGACCAGAUUCGUGAAGAAGAGUGUUUCGAUUUCCAAGAGAGCUGUGAAGAUGAAUCAAUUUGAUCAUGAUAUUGUUUGAAACGUGAAUUGAACCAUUGAUAAUAAACGUACCUACCUAGUUCCAUCGUACUCAGUAGAACUCAAAGGAUAAUCAAGAAAAG